CAGCCCCAGAGGAAGAAAGAAGUGUCCUCCAGACUAGCUGCGGUGACCACCAGAAGCUCCCAGGCUGUCUGCUCGCUGCAGGACCAGGAUGAGCUCCAGACUUCCGGUCGCAGCGCUCUCCUUAAAGCAGUUCCUCCAGAGACAGAAGGUUCUGGGAAUCUACAGGAACAUGCUGAGGACCAUCCGCCAGGUUCCUGACGAGGCAGACCGGAAGUACCUGAGGGACUGGGCCAGGAGCGAGUUUAAGAGGAACAAGGACGCCACUAACCAGGACGCCAUCCGCAUGAUGAUAACACAGGCCAGCAACCACCUGGAGGAGCUGCAGAAAUCUCUGGCGCUGGCUAGAAGCUGACGCCCCCCCACCCACACCGCUGACCACUGUUCUGGACUUUUCUUCAGCAGUCAGGAUCUGGGACAGCGAUCAGGAUCCUGAUCCAACAUGCUGUGUUUGAUGUAAAUAAAGGAACUCCAUCACUCAGAG